AUGCAAGCGCCACAUGGCCCGAAUGGAGCGGAGAGCAACGGCCAUGAGACCAAGCCACAGAAGAUAUCUUUCUAUGCUCCUGGAGCUUUUCCCAGCUCGAAGCCGUCGGCCGCCCCGCCCAUCUACGUCGUGGCGGGCGGCGGAAGACGUCCUCGAGAGGCCGGGGAGUUGGACGGGAGACUGCGGGAGGCGAGGAAGCCCCAGGAGCUGAUGCAGCUCGUCGCCUCCCACCUCCCUCGCUUUGACAUCGGAAACUUGGUCGUGGCUUUCACCAGCGCCGCCAAGUUCGAGGAGGGCUGUGACAUGAACCCAUCCUGGUCUGGGCUCCUCGAGCGCCUUCUGGACAGUGCUGAGUUUCUGGAGCCCCGGGGCCUAUCGAUGACCGCCUACGCUGCUGCAAAGUUGGUCUUUGGUGAUGACAG